AUGGGCCCUACACCUUUACGGCUCCCCUGCCCCGAGCUUGGCACCGGCUUCUCUCCUCCAAGUCUCCAGCUGUCCAGUGGGGUGCGCCAAGUCACAGCAGGAACGGAGCGCGUUGCCAGCACCCAGCACGUCCGCCCACACGCCCUGCCCCGACGCUUAGACCUCACGGUAGGAGGAGAUGAUGGAGAGAAUCUGGCAUCCACAAGGGGGGGUGAAGGGGGGGUCCGGAGGAAUCUGGAGCUGCACCUGCAUCCCACAGACCGGCCUAGGACUGACGCACAUCCCCAUGGUAGUAUCACGUCUCCUUUCUGGGGUGGGGGUAGGAUUUGA